UAGCGAUAACGAGAAGAUAAUGAAGAACAGGAAAAGUUCAGGAAGAAAUUGCCAUUUUCUCCCUAAAAUAAAGAAGAUGCUGAACGAAGACGAAGCGUGGAAGCCUUUACAAAAUAAAGAAGAGUACGAAUUUCCCGGAUUCUUCCAGCAGGACGUUUUGUACUACUGUGAAGACUACACACAGAAAACGUUUGCUGCAAAAAACAGGUCCCACUUCAUGUACGAUGACAACCAGCUGUCCAGAUCAUCGAGCCAAACGCAACAACAUGUGGUUAAAUUGAAUGGAAUCGAAACAAAAUUAAAYAUAAGACGUGCAGCUUGCGAAGGAGUAAAAGUUUGCUCAGGCUGUGAAUCAUCAUCAUACACUGUUUCCAAAAGGCAAAGGAUAAAUAGGUGCUCGACGCACAAAAAUUCUGUUCCUUUGAAACAAACUGGUCAUUGUCCGGUACAAUUCCUUUAUAUGUGGCCAGAAGUCGAUGGUGAUAAAAGAAGGUGGGUGGGAACAAUAAAUAAGCACAACCAUAACAAGCCUGYGCCUCACAAGAUCUCAUCUCAUGUGCAAGAGGACAUUCAGACAUCUGCACUUAAUAAUAUAAGAAGCACAGCAAAAGAUCUGUCGAAGGGACUCGGGAUGGGCUACACUCCAUUUGAAAAAAGUAUUGCCGCAGCAAACAUUGACAGAGUCAGACGAGAAAGAAGACUUGCGAUUGGCAGUGUUCUUAAUCAAGGAAAGAAAAACAGUGGCAGUGCAAUUACAACAAUAAUUGAUUUUGAAAAGAUCCGACAGAAAGUAGAACAGAACCAAGACGGAGACAGCCAACCAUUAACGCAGRAGAUCAACUCCUUGAURGGUAGUUAUCAAAUGGAAGGUAGCGAAUAUUUAUUUACUCCAAAUUACAAGUACGCCUUUUUUAUGGCGCCAUUCCAAGCAGAGCAGCUAGCCAGCGCUUCUUAUAUUUUUGUUGAUAUCACAUAUACAGGGAAUGAAUCUUUUCCUUAUUUACUCAAUGUCGUCUCUUUGAACGAAAAAACAUUGCUAUACAAUGCCGUUGGAAGAGUACUGUGCAACAAACAAGAUGGCGUGGCAUAUGGAACGGCAUUCAAAGAGCUUUUUGCAUACGUUACAAAAARAUAUCCCGACUUCAAGAAUGGUAACACCCUUGACGUCAUUCUUGUUGAUUUUGAUGACGCACAGGCCAAUGGCUUGAAAGAGGCACUGGGGCAAGAAAAAGCAGAGAAGGUUUUGAGAGGAUGUCAAGUGCAUUGGACGCGUUCUUUGCAAAGAGUAGCGAAGCUGGUAACAAAGUCAAAAGAGCAGCAACGAGUUUUCCUUUAUCUUGGAAAUAGAAUUCCUAAUGAAACAGAU